AUGGUCGCCCUCUCCUCUCCUGGCGCCGUGAUCGCAAUCGUUAUCGCAUCCGCGGGCGUCGCCUGCGCGACUCGGGCGUCCUCACGGCCCUCGGGCUGGCUGCGCCGAUCUCGCACCGCGUCUAGGUCCAACAGCGUCCUCUCUUCGCCUGCGGUGCACCACGCGCUGCGCCUGCGAUGCGGCGACGAUCUGGUGAACGCGCUUGCAGGCUAUUGUGCGCGGCAGCGUCUCAGCUCCGCGUCGAUAACAACUUGUGUGGGCUCGCUGUCCGCGCUGCGGCUUCGGCUCGCCGGCGCAUGCGAGUUCCUCGAGCUGCGCGAGCCGCUCGAGAUUGUCUCUCUCGUGGGCACGAUCUCUGAGUGCGGCAAGGGCUUCCACCUCCACGCCGCGGUCUCCCGCGCCGACGGCUCGGUCGUCGGCGGGCACAUCAAGGGCGCGGCGACGGUGGCAACGACGGCGGAAGUGAUUCUGGCGGCGUUGCCCGCGCUCACGUUCAGCCGGGAGGCGAGGGGCGGCGGUAGUGCGUACGCGCGUAUAGUGGACGAGACGACCGGCUACCUCGAGCUGGUCAUACGGAAAGCUUGGGGCGCGAGAUGGAGCUGA